AUGCUCAUAUCUGGCAGAGCCGAAGUGAUAAAGAUCGAGCAUCCAACCCGAGGCGACGACACGCGUGCAUGGGGCCCGCCGUAUGCUUCGUACAACGAAAGCAGUGGCAAAGAUGGUCCUGGGGAGAGUGCAUACUUCUUAGCCGUCAACCGCAACAAGAAGUCGUUAGGCCUGUCAUUUCAACAUUCGUCUGGAGUGGAUAUUCUCCACAAACUGGCCAAAGACUGCGAUGUCCUCGUUGAGAACUACCUCCCAGGAGCACUCAAGAAGUAUGGCAUCGACUACGAAACUCUCGCCAAGGUCAACCCGAAGCUCAUCUAUGCCAGCAUCACGGGCUAUGGCCAGUAUGGACCCAACAGCAAGCGUGCCGGUUACGAUGUCAUGGUAGAAGCCGAGAUGGGCUUGAUGCACAUCACUGGCCAUCGCGACGGACCUCCGGCAAAGGUAGGCGUGGCAAUCACCGAUUUGACUACAGGCCUCUACACCAGCAACUCAGUCAUGGCAGCACUGCUCAGCCGAGCAAAGUCCGGCAGAGGCCAGCAUAUUGAUGUCGCACUUUCGGACUGUCAGGUUGCCAGUCUCGCGAACAUCGCCAGCUCGUGCCUCAUCAGCGGUAAGCCGGAUACUGGCCGAUGGGGCACAGCACACCCGUCAAUCGUACCGUACAAAGGCUUCAAGACCAAGGAUGGCGACGUCAUGCUCGGAGGUGGUAACGACAGGCUCUACGGUGUCCUGUGUGAGCGUCUUGGGAAGCCUGAGUGGAUCAAGGACAGCAGAUUCGUGACCAACGCAGACCGGGUCAAGCACCGCGACGAGCUGGAGGACCUCAUUGAAACAGUGACUCGCACCAAGACCACACAGGAAUGGCUGGACAUCCUGGAAGGUAGCGGCAUGCCCUACUCGGCAAUCAACGACGUCCAAAAGACACUUGAUCACGAGCAUGUCAACGCUCGCAAUAUGAUCACGGAGGUCGACCAUCCUUCUUGCGGGCCGAUGAAGCUCAUCAGUCCGCCCGUCAAGUUCUCAGAGGCCAAACCUAGCAUACGCAGUCCACCACCAACACUGGGCCAGAACACGAACGAGAUCCUGGCCGGAUUGGGAAUGGAAAGUGCUGAGAUAGACAGUCUUCGGAGUGACGGCGUGGUGGCAUAG